AUGAGACUCAAUCGCACCAUCUCGGUCGUGGGCUGCCAUUGCGCCGGCGAGGUUGGCGAUGUCAUUGUCGGUGGAGUUCUCAACCCACCAAACUGCAAGACCAUGUAUGAAAAGCUCCUCUAUUUCCAGAAUGAAGCAGACGACGUCCGACAACUCCUGAUGAACGAACCACGAGGCCGACCGGCCAUGUGCAUGAACCUCGUCCUCCCACCCUGCAACCCCCGCGCCGAUGCUGGGUUUAUUAUUAUGGAGAGUGAUGAGUAUCCGCCCAUGUCAGGCGGCAAUACGAUCUGCACGACGACGGUGCUGUUAGACACGGGGAUGGUGAAAAUGACGGAACCGGUGACGAAGCUGGUCCUCGACACCCCGUCGGGCUUGGUCGGGGUGACGGCUGAUUGUGAAGAUGGGAAAUGCAAAGCCGUGGCGUUCGAUAAUGUACCCAGCUUUGUAUACAGAUUGGAUCUCCCGGUGCAGGUACCUGGCCUGGGGGUGGUGAAGGUUGAUAUUGCCUGGGGUGGGAUGCAUUAUGCCAUUGUGGAUGCUCGGGCCAUCGGUCUCAAAAUCGCCAAUGAGAAUGGUCCAAAGCUGAUCGAAAUUGGCGAGAGAAUCAAGCAGGCUGUGAGAGACACUUAUACACCGGUCCAUCCGGAAAACGACAAGAUCAGAGAGGUCACGAUUGUUGAGUUUACAGAGCCACUGCAUCAAGAAGAUGGCAAGCGAGUCGGGGUGAACACUGUGGUGGUCUCUCCAGGAAGGUUUGAUCGAUGUCCUUGCGGUACAGGAAGCUCGGCCAGGAUGGCCGUCUUGCACGCCAGGGGCGAGCUCCAGGUAGGGGAGAGCUUUGUCCACCAGAGCAUUAUCGGAUCCACAUUCACUUGUCAUAUACGAGGAACCACCACAGUCGGCCAAUAUGAAGCAGUCUUGCCAACGGUCAAGGGCAGUGCGUGGAUCACUGGCUUCAAGCAGAUGGUCUUGGACCCGUCUGAUCCUUUUCCGGCUGGCUUCCGGGUGGGUGAUCAGUGGCAUGUUCGUCAGGAGGCAUGA